ACAAACAAAUGAACAUGUAAGUAAAAGAGAAACCAAAAGAAUUGUGAGGAAUAAGGGGCAAGACCGUCAAUCCGGAACAAAACUGGAAAUGAAAGGGGCUUGGCCACUUUGUUUGCAUUAUCCGUUCUCUUUGGUCUCUUUGGUCUUCUAAAGUUCAAACUCUCGAGGCAGUCAAGUAAACAUUUUUGUUUUUCCGCCAAACAAUGGCGGCAGCGACAGCUCUCAAUCUAUGCCGUCCGUGGCAAUCGCCGCCGACUCAUAAUCAAUUCAUCACCAAACCACGACCGUCCAUUCGGCCUCCUAUCACCUGCUACACCGCUAACAAGUCGAAGAGGGAGUACACAAGCGUAAUGAUAGUGCCAACGGGAGUGGGGGCCAGCAUCGGAGGAUUUGCCGGUGAUGCUCUGCCUGUUGCUCGGGUCUUAUCCUCCGUCGUCGAUUGUCUUAUUUCACAUCCUAAUGUUCUGAAUGCAGCAAUGUUAUACUGGCCCAUGCCUAAUGUAAUGUACGUUGAAGGUUAUGCUCUGGACAGAUUUGCGCAAGGCUUAUGGGCUCUGCAACCUGUACAUCAAAACAAGGUGGGAUUGGUUCUUGAUGCUGGAAUAGAAGAGCAUCUUCGGGUCCGCCAUUUGCAAGUGGCUGAUGCCACAAGGGCUUCCCUUGGAUUGCCGGUUGUUGAGUAUGCUGUCACUGACACCCCUUUAGAGGUGGAAAAGUGGGUCAAUCCAACAACUGGGCAAUCAACAGGCAGGAUUAAACACCCUGAUUCAUUACUGCGGGCUGUUGAGAAUUUAGUCAAACGAUCGCAAGUGGAUGCUGUUGCUGUUGUUGGGCGCUUUCCAGAUGAUGAAGUGGAUGAUCUGGAUGACUAUCGACUUGGAAUUGGAAUAGAUACAUUGGCCGGAGUAGAGGCAAUAAUAAGUCAUCUUGUGGUGAAGGAAUUUCAGAUACCAUGUGCACAUGCGCCUGCACUAUCUCCCCUUCCCUUGACCUCAUCCCUUAGCCCAAAAUCAGCUGCUGAGGAGAUAGGAUACACAUUUUUGCCAUGUGUCCUUGCGGGACUUAGUAAUGCACCACAGUACUUGGUUAAAAACCCUGAGUCCUUGGCAAAGGGUUGUAUCUUGGCAAGUGAUGUUGACAGUGUUAUUCUGCCAGUAGAUGCUUGUGGAGGAGAUGGUGCUCUUGCUUUUGCUAGAAGCAAGAGAAAUAAGCCUCUGAUAAUCUGUGUGGAGGAAAAUGAAACAGUUCUAAAUGAUACUGCUGAUAAACUUGGGAUCAAAGUGGUCAGGGUCUCAAACUAUUGGGAAGCUAUAGGUGUUGUUGCAGCUCAUAAGGCAGGAAUUGACCCAAGUUCUCUUCGUAGAAACAAAAUACGCAACAUUCAGUGCUUGUCUGAUGUUCAAGCUAAUGGCUUUGCAGUUUCAACAGCCUCAUCCGUCACAUAAUGGUAAAGGUCCAAAGUUGAAAAAGAUCAAGUGCAAAAGUCCACUCUGAGUUACCAAUUUUUGAAAGAAGCUGUGGUAUUUGGAUUACGAUGUUGUUCUGUUUUUCUUAGGAGUUAGGAACAAAACACUGCUGACUCGAGUGUUGAAAAUUUUGCUUGCCUAGGUUCGGUUUAGGCAUGUCUCAACCCUACCCAAAUCCCCUCGUUUUGUAUAUCUUGAAUACGGAUGUAACGCUAUCAUAGCAAUUAUCUCAUUUUCCCCCCCUUAUACAUAACUUAUUGUAAAAUGCAGUAAUUAUAACAUUCUAGAAUGACUCCCCCGCUUCACUCUUUUUUAUUAAUUUUUUAAAUCAAUAAUUAUUUUAAUUAUAUUUUAAA